AACAUGAUCCGUGUUCUCGCAAAUCGACCUUCGCCGGCUCUCUUGCUGCUUUCUCGCUCUCCUAUGUCUCUGUGCGAAAUACUAUCUUUGCUGGCUAGUGCGUCCCCAAAUCACCGUCAGGGAUAUUCUCAGCAUCUGGAUCGUGGUGACUGAAUCCCGCCUUCCACCAUCGCCGUUCCAAAUGAUCGUGAAAACCGGCAUUUGAGGCUGAAAAUUUCAGCAUCUCCACACUGCCUCACGAUGCCUGCUGAACUUCCCGGCUAUUAUUUCGAUGCCGAAAAGAACCGCUAUUUCAAAAUCCAGCCAAACCACAUUGCACCGUCAGGAUCGAAGUACAGCCGUCAAGCGGUCAAGGCCGAGAAGGUGAUCAAGAAAGCCCAGCGGCGGGAUGAAUUGCUACACCAGUUGAAGAUGGCCGAAACGGUGACGCGGUCGAAGCUCUUGCAACAUCCUCUGCUGGUCUUUGACAGACGACUGGGCCAUUUACGAAAGAGUGCUGGGGCGCUCGUUUCGGAAUACUACGCGGGGGCUCUCACGGGGAAAAGCGUCUUCAGCGACCUCUUGCCCCUGGGACGCUCGACGUCGAGGCCGGGCCGUCAGUAUGAAGGCUGUUUGGUGUCUGGAUCGUUUUCCAUCGAGCGAACUUCGGGCACCUUAUUUGCAGAUUGCAUCUUGAGGUCGUGGGACCGUGUGAAUUUUCAAACGCACAUGCGCGCUUUCCACCUGGGAUCGUCCGUUGAUGUGGCGGAGCAAAAUCUUCGAGAACCCCCAGACUGGCCUCUGCCUCGAGACUAUGAAAAAGGCGCACUGUACAGGUCCAGCAAUGCUGAGGACAUUGGCGGGGCGCAUAGAACCCAGGAUAUCCUCUCGGUCGGGGCCGGUCUGGUCGUGUGGUCCGAGUACUGCGUUUCUUAUCAGUCGCCUACGGAGUCGGUGGUCAAGGUGGGAGUCUGCCGUUCCGGACCCUUUGAGGACAGACACGACUUGAUCCACCAGGCGUCGUUUGUGCGCACGGUACGGGACCUCGCAGCCCAGCCGGGCGAAUACACGGCGGCGCUGGCGACGGAGCGCGGCCUGUACCUCAUGGACCUGUCGCACGCAAGCUACCCGCUCCGAGAGUUCCCGCUGGGCACCAACGAGCUGAUGAAGGCGACCUUCAAAGACCACAACGUCGUCAUGGGCGGCACGCGCUCGGGCAAGUUGCUGCUGAGCGACAUCCGGGCGCCGCCGCCCCCGACCAAGGGCGGGCGCACGACCGCGACACGGCUCCAGCACUCGGACGCCAUCACCGGCCUCGCGGCGCUGCCGGACGGCAACCGCAUCCUCCUCAGCGGCCUGCGCAGCAUGAAGAUCUACGACCUGCGCUUCGCGCCCGCCCCGACCCUGCUGUGCCACCUGCCGCGGUCCAACUCCUUCCAGGCCAGUCCCGCCGUGCUCAGCUUCCACGUCCCCGCCACCCACCAGCACCGCUGGUACGGCAUGAGCUUCGCGUACGACCCAGAGCUGAACGUUGUCCUCCGCACCUCGACUGACGACCACAAGAACCACCGCGCCGCCCUGUGGUCCGCCGCAACGGGCCGCCUGCUCCAGAGCCCGCUCAACAACCACCGCUUCGACUCCCCCGUCGAGUGUGCCGCCAUCGUCCGCGUCAGAGACGGGCCAAAGAGCAUCUUUAUCUCGAGUGGCAAGGAGAUCACUGAGUGGACUCCGCAGGGCAGGGCCGCGGGAGACGACCAGGAAUGAACCUCGUUUGGAUUUCCGUUGAGGACCGACUUGACUCGACAAGCAGGGUGAAGACGAUGCGUAGCAAAGAAAUGCCUUGUGCAAAGCGCAAGAUGGUGGGAUGGAAAAGGAAUUCCUUGCUGCUACUCAUACAGAGUUGCGUAGAGGGACGAACAUGAAGGUGUUGGCUUGUCAGCUUCGAGAUUCCCUGCGCAUUUUGGCAUUGGGGGCACUACGAGUCUGGGUCUAUCUCGUACUCGCUGACGCCCAUUCCCCACAUGUGUCCCAUAUUCACCACCCAUUCUCUACCUACAUUGACCCGCCAUUUCUCAUCUCCCGCGUCGUCACCCGUUCCUCCAGCCCCAGUCGCAGCGCCGGAUCCAGACGAUCGUACAACAAGGCGGAGUCUCUCCAGCUCUCCAAGCUCACGGUAUAUCCGAUCACUCACGCCGCGACCCGGCCGAUUGGGGACGCCCUGCGGGUGGACUGCCCGAAGAAUCGCAACAAGCCGCUCGAGUGUGAACGGUCGUGGAAUGCCCGAAUUAGCCCCCGCGGCAAAUAUGGACUUGGUGCGCGAUUUCGUAGGCGUUGCGGCGUCCUUCGUUGGCGUGCCACUGGGGGUGGACGCCGUUUUCCUCUUCGUCGGCGUCUGUCUCAGUCUGCGGAUUUUCCUGCUGAUCGAGCUCGACGUGGCGCUUAGGCGGGAGAAGAGCAGGAUGUCAUGUUUUGGGAGCGUGUGGCUUGCAAGGUAGGCCGAGAGGAGGACGAGCGUUGGAAAAUGCUUGAGGAGUGACGGACGGUUUAUUGAUGAUUCUGACUGCGCUGGUUUUGAGGUUGUUUGCCUCGACAGUGCAGGUUGGCUGGACUCUGAAGCGGCAUGUUUUGACGGCGUGGUAGAUGCACCUGCUAUUAUAUUGUCCGCCCCUGAAGGGCCAACUCUGUA